UUUACUGCUUUCUUCCGAACCUACGCAAGGCGUAUUUGCCCAAGCUGGCAGCAGUGGCCAGCUGAAGCCACAUGAGGGGAGAAUGGGCAUGUGGGGGCCGUUGACCGAAGUGGCAGUGUUCUGGUCAAGGGACGGAGGGCACAGAAACAGCCAUGCACACUCUGCGCCGGCUCAAAUUCGGUCAACAGGAAAACUCAACCACCACUUCAUCGACACUCGAAUUAUCUCGAUAUCCAUAUCCCAUGGGACAUGCUUGUCCUCAUCAUCAAGCUGCUCUUCUUCUUCGACACACUCGUCAUCCCCGGAACCCAGGCGGCCGACUCAGACGUCCCAAACCAUCUGGUCGACUGCAAGUUCACCACCCCUGAUGGCUCCACAACGUACGACUUCAACAACUUAAUUGAUACCGCUUCCUGGCCCUUAAACAUCACCACCACCAGACCUACCCCACCCUCAACAACGACCGAGACGCUCUUGAUCUCGCUGUGCAAAAAAUUACCGCCCCCUGAUGAUCCCUCUCAGUCUUGUCCAGAUGGGACACUCGUCUGCUUGUUGAUCUACAACCAAAUCGGGACCGAUCGGAGACUCGAAAAAAUCAUUCCAGUCGGGAUGGGGGAUCAGUCUUCCCCGACGAUUCAGGUCAAUACAACUGGGAAUCAUAAAGAAUCAUUGCAGUUAAAGAUAGAAGGAUCGAAGUACAACAACAUCCAACAAAGCGCGUUCUUGAAUUUGAUCUGUUCGGAUGAAGACAGGAAAGCCAGCCGGCCAUCGACGAAGCCGACGACGACGAUCUACGAUCCAAUCCAGGGGCUCCUGAAUAUCACGUGGCCCACCCCGGUUGCAUGCGCUUCUUCUUCACCCACGCAUAAAGACUCGCCAUCCGUCCAUAACGAAUCGUCCAAUCCAUUCAGAAAUUUUGUCGUUUUCGUCUUUUUACUCUUCUUUGCUUACCUUAUCCUAGGAAUGUGGCUUAACUAUAAUAGAUAUGGUCUGACGGGACUGGAUGGCCUACCGCACAAGACUUUCUGGGAAGAGUUACCGAGGAAGUUGCUGGAUUUGGUCCGAUCUUCAAGUCUCUUCAGUUCCAGAAGACCUUCUGCCAGAGCUGAUUAUACUCCCCUCUGAUACAUUCAAAAAUUGUUCAUAGAUAUCUCAUUUUUCAUCCUUUGCAAAUAAUAAUUUAUGAUCAUGAUAAGUGAUUGAAAUUCUAGCUUUUGGUUGUUGUUGUUGUGCAUAACUAGAAGAAUGUAAUAAUUAGGAAAGCUCUUCUUUAAUUUCCGACUAUGUAUGUAGG